GGAUCUCAUCUCACACAACACAUUACACAUUACACAGUUCACAAUCCCAACACCACCCAUUUGGGAGAAUCAGAAUCUAACGAGUCAAUACUCAAUGGCCAUGAAGAGACAUAGAGAGAAUGAAGGAACAACAUUAGAAAGCUGGGGCAUGCAAAAUUGUUCAAUUUCAAUCACACCCGACACAACAAGUGUUUCAAGUUCCACCACUUCCCCUGAAGAAGUAUUUGAGUGCAAAACGUGCAACCGCAAGUUCAACUCUUUUCAAGCACUGGGUGGCCACAGGGCUAGUCACAACAAGAGGGUGGAGAUGGAAGGUGAAGAACAACAACUCAAACUCAAAAACAAGGGCAAAAUCUAUGGGUUGGGAAAACAAAGUGAGCCCAAAAUUCAUAAUUGCUUCAUUUGUGGUCAGGGUUUUUCUCUGGGCCAGGCCUUGGGAGGACACAUGAGAAGACACAGAGAUGCAACCAACGAUGUUUUCUCGUCCAUAAACCAGGUUGUUGCUAAAGUUUCAGUUCUCAAGAGAUCGUGUAAUGACAAGGUUUUCUGCUUGGACCUCAACUUAAGUCCUCUCGAGAAUGACUUGAAGUUAUUGCUGUUCGGGAAAGUGUCACCCAAAGUUAAUCCUUCUUCCUUCUGAUCAUUUUUUGUUUUGUUCUUUCCUUUGACACAAUUAAUCAUUCUUUGAAUUAUUUUAUUAUGCAAAUGGUGGAUUCUUUUUUUUGCUUA